UGUAUGUGAGGAGUCUGCCAGAAAGGAGCGACAGAGCUGGAAGCUGUUCUGGGCUCUGUCAUUGGCUGGCAGCUCAUUGCAUUCUGUGCCUCAGUUUGGGUGAGAGAGACUGACAGCUCUUUCCAACGGUAAAUCUUCAGGAGCACCAACAGCUUCCUCUAGGGGACCUUCACUAUCACAUGUCACAGAUUCAACUUGAAUAAUCUCAAUGGUUACCAACACUUGUUUGACUGACAAGCUGAGAAUGAGACUUUGGGUCUUGGCAGUUCUAACACUUCUCAAAAUUUCCACAGUAGCUACGCUUAACAAACCAUCGUGGGGCCUGGAAAAUGAGGCUUUAAUUGUGAAAUGUCCUAGACAAGCACAACCUAGAUACACUGUGGACUGGUAUUACUCAAAAACCAACAAAAGUAUUACCACCCAGAAAGAAAAUCGUGUAUUUGCCUCUGGGAAACAUCUUAAGCUUCUCCCAGCCAACAUUGAAGAUUCUGGAAUUUAUACUUGCAUUGUCAGAAGUCCGAAAUUCAUUAAGAUUGGAUACGUGAAUGUCACCAUAUAUAAGAAACAACCAGAUUGCAAUAUUCCGGAUGACCUGAUAUAUUCAACAUCAUUUAAAUCAUCAAAAAGUUGUAAAAUAUAUUGUCCUACCAUUAGUCUCUACAAUUGGACAGCACCUGUUGAGUGGUUUAAGAAUUGUACAGCUCUUCAAGGAUCAAGGUAUUAUACACAUGGGACAUAUUUGCUGAUUGACAAUGCAACUAGCAAGGACACGGGUGAUUAUACAUGCAAAUUUAUGCACAAUGAAAAUGGAGUCAGUUACAUUGUGACGGCCACCAGAUCAUUAGAAAUUCAAGAUGAGGAGGGCUUUUCUAUAUUUCCAGUAAUUAGAGCCCCUCCACAAAAUGAAACAAAGGACGUGGAAAUCGGCAAACCAGCAAACUUAACUUGCUCUGCUUGCUUUGGGAAAGGCGUUCAGUUUACAGCUGCCGUCCUGUGGGAGGUUAACAGAACCAAAAUUAACAACUUUAGUGAAGUAAGAAUUCAAGAGGAGCACCAGCAAAAUGAAAGCAAUGAUCUGACUUGUCUAAGCAUGGUCUUAAGAAUAGCUGAUGUAAAAGAAGAAGAUUUGUCGCUGAGGUACGACUGUCUGGCCCUGAAUUUGCAUGGCUUGAGAAGACACACUGUAAGACUGAGGAAAAAGCCAAUUGAUCAUCAAAGCACCUACUACACACUUGCAGGAUUUGGCAUUCUGCUAUUGCUAAUCAGUGUCCUGAUGAUAAUGCUGAAAGUGUUCUGGAUUGAGGUUGUUCUGCUCUGGAGAGACAUAGCUAGACCUUACAAAACUAGGAAUGAUGGAAAGGUCUAUGACGCUUAUGUUAUCUAUCCACGGAACCAGAAAGAUUGUCCGGAGGUGACCAGUUCUGUAGAAUAUUUUGUUCACCAGAUUCUGCCUGAUGUUCUUGAAAAUAAAUGUGGCUACAACUUAUUCAUUUAUGGGCGAGAUCUGCUCCCUGGAGAAGAUGCAGCCACGGCGGUGGAAACCAACAUCCGCAAGAGUCGGCGGCACAUUUUUAUCCUGACUCCUCAGAUGGUACACAGCGAGGAAUUUGCCUACGAGCAGGAGAUCGCAUUGCACAGCGCCCUCAUCCAGAAUGAGUCCAAGGUGAUUCUAAUUGAAAUGCAGGCUCUGAGCAAGGCAGGCGGGCUGCAGUUUGGGGAGCUUCAAGAUUCCCUCCGGCACCUCGUGGACAUGCAGGGCACCAUCAAGUGGAGAGAAGACCACGUGGCCAACAAGCGGUCCCUGAAUUCCAGAUUCUGGAAGCGCGUGAGGUACCACAUGCCUGUGCCAAACAGACUUCCAAAAAAGACUUCUAGUUUGGCUGCCUUGAGUGCCCAGGGACAGACAUGCUAGCGCAGAUGUGCUGAUGUGUCAGAAAGGUGUGGGUGUGAGCUCCUCCUGGCUGGACUGGAGACUGGAUGCUGAGGUGGGAGAAGCCGGAAGAACAAGAGUAUUCAGGCCUCAGGGUUCAUUGAGAAACUUUACUUCCGUUUUCCUGAUUCUGGGUGGACAAAAUAUGCCUCCCCCCUCCCUACCCCCCCACCCCAAUUUUUAUCCUCAAUCCCGGGAGCUCUCUCCACCUCUUUCCUUCCCUUCUCUUUUUCUGGUCUUUCUCCAUUGUGGCCUGUGAUGUUUUCACGGUGCCUUUUUCCUCUUUCUCUUUCUGUGCUCCCCCUCCUUAUGCCUCAUCAAUAUUUUACAUGUUGAACAUCCACCUCAAAGUUUUAGAGUUACAUUUUUGUGUAAACUGGAAGAACACAGAUUUCCAUCAAGCGGAGCAUUGGUAGUAAGUGUUGUUCCCACAUGCCCAGGUUUAUUAUAUUUUAUUUGAUCAGAUGCUUAGCUUUACUGUCUCAAUAGUACCUUUUUGUUGGAGCAACUUACCCAAUUGCCCUUAUAAUGAAGUUUUUGUUCAGUCCUAAAAUUUCUUUCCCACAUUUUUAUUCUCUUUUCUUUUAAUUAAAAUUUAUUGA